AUUAUUUUUUGGAAAACUAUGACUAGACCAUUUUUUCAAACCGUAUUUAUGGAAAUAUUUUGUUGUUUACAUAUGAUGUUCCCAAUUAUUAAAUAAAUUAAAUGUUAAUAAAGCAAUUGAUUAAUGUUUACGUGAUUUUCAUGUGGUAUCAUCUGUCACACCGCGCGGCAUGUUUAGUUUUAUUUUUACAAUGGUUUUGUUUAGUUUUUUAGUAGACGCUUGGGCUGAUAGUUCUAUUGUAUUAGAACGAUUAGACAAUUCAGUUCACUGAUACGGGCGGCGAUAGUAAUUUAUAGUGAUAAUGAAUUUUUUAAAAUUCUUCUGCUACUUUGCUACAGUUUGUGUUUUGCUAAUUCAAGUGGAAACAAAGCAAAUACUGGGUAUAUUUCCACAUUUUGGUUACAGUCACUUCAAGGUCUUCUAUCCCUUAUUGCACAAUUUAUCGGAAAGGGGUCACAAUGUAACCGUAAUUACUUAUAUAAAAGCAACAGAUUUGCCAAAGGGUAAUUAUGAGGAAUUGAUAUUGGAAGGCAUGGAAGUAGUUAAUGUGGUGCCACUUGAUGAAAUGAAAGCUAGAACCUGGAAAGGUUUAUUCGACGAAUACAUUGCAUUGCAUGAUGAGGGUCAAAGGUCUUGUGAAAGGCUUUAUGAAAGUGGCCACAUUGAGGAAGUUUUAAAACGUCAUCAGCAACAGCCAUACGAUCUUGUUAUAACCGAAUAUUUCAACUCGGAUUGCCAAUUAGCAUUGCCUUAUUUGAUGAAAACACCAGUGGUGGCUCUAAGUAGUUGCCUUUUAAUGCCCUGGUACUAUGAUCGUAUACUAAUGCCCGAUACACCUUCAUAUGUGCAAUCAGAAUUUGUAGGAUUUCGCACACCUCUCGUUUGGCAUGAACGUUUAAUGAAUUUUGUGCAGGCAAAAGCUUUAUCACUAUUCUAUCGUUAUUAUACCAACUAUCUCGAUAACAAAUUGAUACAACACUAUCUGAAGAUUGAUGUUGACGUAACUCAGAUUGCUAAACAAAAUACCCGUUUAAUAUUUGGCAAUCAACAUUAUUCUUUGAUGGGUAUUAGGCCAUUUACUCAACAAUUUGUUGAAAUCGGAGGCAUACACAUCAGUGAAAAAGAAGCUAACAAAGCUUUACCUGCAGAAGUGGAUUUAUUUUUAAAAAAUACUAAAAAGGAUGUUCUUUUUAUAAGCUGGGGUUCCAUGAUAAAAGCAUCGACUUUGGAUCAGGAUAAAUUGCAGGCAAUUUUAAAUGUUUUAACCAAGUUGGAUAUAAAAGUCAUAUGGAAGUGGGAAUCAGAUGAAAUACCAAUUAAAAGCGAUCAAUUUUUAUUUAUUAAAUGGGCUCCUCAGCUAGCAUUGAUUUGCCAUCCAAAAAUCACACUGUUCUGGGGUCAUGGUGGUCUUUUAAGUACCACUGAAGCUGUGUAUUGUGGCAAACCUAUGUUAUUGACUCCAAUUUAUGGUGAUCAAUUUGUCAAUGGUUUUGCUGUGGAAAAUAGAAAAAUUGGUCGCAUAAUUAACUUUGAUACCAUUGCAGAGAAGACUCUAAAAGAAGAAUUAAACCAAGUACUGCAUGCCAAUUACUCAAAAAAAGCUUUAGAAAUAUCAAAAAUAUUUCGUGAUCGUAAAUCAAAACCUCUUGACACGGCCACCUGGUGGAUUGAACAUUUAUUAAAACAUAAGGUAACCGAAGAAGUUUUACACUCCUAUGCUGUCGAUUUAAAUUGGUUUGUGUACUAUUCAUUGGAUGUGAUCUCCUUAUUAUUAGUCAUUUUUGUUGUAUUCGUAUUUAUUACAAAAUUUUUAUUGAGCUUUAUUUUGAAUAGAUGUGUCAACGCUAAAUAUGAUAAAUUGAAAAAUAACUAAGAAAUGAUUGUAAAUUGUGCUCCGGUUCUAGUGUUGUUUAUAGUUUUUUAAUGAACUUAUUCAUAAAACAAAUAUUUAUUUUUUAAUUAGUAUUGGAACAUACAUAGCAAAAAACUAAACGUGCCUUAAUUAAAAUUGGAAGCAAAAUUUAAGUACAAUGACGUUUUUAAAUAAUAAAAAUUUUGAGUACAUUUUAUAUUUUGUAUUUAAAUACUCAGGAAUAUAUAUUUUUUAAUAAUAAUGUAAGUUUG